GCGAAUUAAGCUGUGGUGACUGAUCGGUGCGGCGGACAUGGCGACCACUAGUGAUGCCUUGCUCGCUGUCAUCCUUGCCGUCGGCCUGGUCGUUUUUGCUGAUGCAGAGAAAUACAAGCCACCGGAGUCCAUACUGGUCAACUGCGGCUCAGCGAAGGAGGGUCAAGACGCCGACGGGAGGAAAUGGGUGAGUGACCAGGACAGUAAGUGGCUCAUUGAUGGCGAGAAGUCGUCCAUCAUGGCGGAAGCGGACGUCCAGGACCCGUCUCUUCCCUCGACGGUGCCGUACAUGUCGGCGCGGGUGUUCACCAAGGAGGCCGUGUACAACUUCUCCGUCGACGACAAGGACAGGCACUGGGUGCGGCUCCACUUCUACCCGGCGGCCUACCACGACCUCCCCGCGGAACAAUUCUUCUUCUCCGUGUCCACUUCCACUGGCGUCACGCUGCUCCGCAACUUCAGCGUGUACAUCACUGCCAAGGCUCUCAGUCAGGCGUACAUCGUCAGGGAGUUCACGCUGCCGCCGUCCACAAGCGGCUCGCUGUCGCUCACCUUCACGCCAACCGCGAUGAACAACGCGUCGUACGCCUUCGUCAAUGGCAUAGAGAUCAUCUCCAUGCCCAACAUCUUUGCCGACCCAGCCACGAUGGUUGGUUUCGCCGACCAGACUGUGGACACAGCUGCCGGCAGCCUGCAGACCAUGUACCGGCUCAAUGUCGGGGGUUCGUACAUUGCACCAGCCAACGACUCCGGACUUUCGCGCGAGUGGUACGAUGACACACCAUACCUCUAUGGCGCCGCAGUCGGGGUGACAUACCAGGCCGAGGAUAAGGUCCAGAUAAAGUUCCCAAGCCCUGAGGCAGAGUAUGCCGCGCCGGCGAGCCUCUACCUCAACAGCCGGUCGAUGGGCCCUGACCCAAAGGUGAACCAGAACUACAAUCUGACAUGGGUGUUUGAGGUGGAUGGCAACUUCACGUACAUCGUUCGGCUCCACUUCUGCGAGAUGCUGCUCACCAAGGUUAACCAGCGGGCGUUCGACAUCUACGUGAAUAAUAAUACAGCGCAGGCAGACGCUGACGUCAUCGGAUGGACGUCGGAGAAGGAUGUGCCGGUGUAUAAGGACUACGCGGCUUUCAUGCCCGAUGGCCCCGGCAACAAGAUCCUUUGGAUCGCGCUGCACCCUUCCAUGCAAAUGAAGCCAGAGUUCUAUGACGCCGUCCUCAAUGGUCUCGAGAUCUUCAAGAUGAGUGACAGCUCCGGUAACCUUGCCGGGCCAAACCCUGACCCGUCAAGAAUGCUUGAGGAAGCAGAAUUGGAGGUGACGCAGGGGAAAUUCAAAGCCAAGCCGAGCAACCUCAAGGCCACGGUGAUUGGUGGCGCAGCUGGUGGUGCGGCAGCGUUCGGGAUCGUUGCGGCCAUCUGCGUCGUGGUGUAUCACUCCAAGAAGAGGCGGACACUGGGCAGCAGCGUGUCACACUCCUCAGGGUGGCUGCCGGUGUACAGCGGCAACUCGCACACGAACGCCAGCAAGUCGUCCGGUGGAAAGAGCGCGGCACUCAACCCGAACAUCACGGCAAUGUGCCGCCACUUCUCGUUUCAGGAGAUCAAGGCGGCAACCAAGAACUUUGACGAGUCGCUGGUGAUUGGCGUGGGUGGAUUUGGCAAAGUGUACAGGGGCGUUGUUGACGGCGACACCAAGGUGGCCAUCAAGCGGAGCAACCCAUCGUCUGAGCAGGGCGUACUGGAAUUCCAGACGGAAAUUGAGAUGCUCUCCAAGCUCCGGCAUAAGCACCUCGUCUCGCUCAUUGGCUGCUGCGAGGACGACGGCGAGAUGAUCCUUGUGUACGACUACAUGGCGCACGGCACGCUCCGGGAGCACCUGUACAAGAGUGGCAAACCGGCACUGUCGUGGCGGCAGCGCCUUGAGAUCACCAUCGGCGCCGCGCGAGGCCUGCACUACCUCCAUACCGGUGCCAAGUACACUAUUAUCCACCGCGACGUCAAGACGACCAACAUCCUCGUCGACGAGAAUUGGGUGGCCAAGGUCUCCGACUUUGGUUUGUCGAAGACUGGACCGACAGCCAUGAACCAGACGCACGUCAGCACCAUGGUCAAGGGCAGCUUCGGCUACCUCGACCCAGAGUACUUCCGGCGGCAGCAGCUCACGGAGAAGUCCGACGUCUACUCCUUCGGGGUCGUGCUCUUCGAGGUGCUCUGCGCGCGGCCCGCGCUGAACCCGAGCCUGCCGAGGGAGCAGGUCAGCCUAGCCGACCACGCCAUGAACUGCCAGAGGAAGGGAACGCUGCAGGACAUCAUCGACCCGCUAUUGAAGGGCAAGAUAGCACCGGACUGCCUGAAGAAGUACUCUGAGACGGCGGAGAAGUGCCUGGCCGACCACGGCGUCGACCGGCCGUCCAUGGGCGACGUGCUGUGGAACCUUGAGUUCGCGCUGCAGAUGCAUGACACCUUCGAAAACGGCGGGAAGCCAGAGGGCGGGGACAGCGUGGGAGGCAGCAGCACCGUAUCUGCGGCGGAUAGCAUGGCCGCCUCUGCCGCGGCGCUCGAGCUGAUUAGCGAGGACAUGGACGAGGAGGGCAUCGCCAACAGCGUGGUAUUCUCACAGCUCGUCCGCCCAACCGGCCGGUGAGGUGUAUUUGGGGACAACAUUUGUGGAUGGAUGGUGAAUAGAUCUUGCAUGCGUUUUGUUGUCGAUUGGGAUCGAUUGGGAUUCACCGAUUGGUGUUCACGUG